UUGAGCCCGUGUGGUGCGCGUCAGCGACAAACAAACCGAGCAGCGCGCAGCGGCGAAGGGCGGCGCGCGGCUGCAUCCACACGGCAGCUCCGGAUAAAUAGAGGGAUUCAUGGGUGUAUGCAUGCAUGCAUUAAUGAGUGUGUGCAGAUAUCUGUUGGAGGGUUUUCGAGGAUUUAAAAGCGGACCGAUGGAGCUGCUGGCACGCUGAGGCUCUGCCCCCGGACUCACUCCCCGCGCUGCUGCUGCUGCAUGUGUCUCCAAUGAUGGCAUCGUUUUCCUGCUAAUUGAUCCAAGGAUUCAUUGAUAAACUCCUCUUUUCGGUCUCCAUGGUGCUUGAAGGAAACACUCCCCUGGUCUGUGCCUCUUGUGUUAGCAGGGAGAUGGACGGCAUCGGGAACACCAUGCAGAAGAAGGCUGCGGAGCUGGAGCGGCUGGCCGAGGUGCUCGUCACCGGGGAGCAGCUCAGGCUGCGGCUCCACGAGGCGAAGGUGAUCAAAGACCGGAGGCACCACCUUCGAACUUACCCAAACUGCUUCGUAGCCAAGGAGCUCAUCGAUUGGCUGAUCGAACACAAGGAGGCCUCGGAUCGAGACACGGCGAUCAAGAUCAUGCAGAAGCUCCUGGACCAGAGCAUCAUCCACCACGUGUGCGACGAGCACCGGGAGUUCAAAGACAUGAAGCUGUUUUACCGCUUCAGAAAGGACGACGGCACGUUUCCGCUGGACAGCGAAGCCAAGGUCUUCAUGAGGGGGCAGAGGAUCUAUGAAAAACUAAUGAACACAGAGAACAACCUACUACAGACCAGAGAGGAGGAGAAUGUUUCAUUUGAGCGGACGCUGGUGGCCUCAGAGUUCAUCGACUGGCUGCUGCAGGAGGGCGAGAUGGCGACCCGGGAGGAGACGGAGCAGCUGGGACGGAGGCUCCUGGAGCACGGCAUCAUCCAGCAUGUCACCAACAAGCAUCACUUUGUCGACGGGCCGCUCCUCUUCCAGUUCAGGAUGAACUUCCGGCGACGGCGGCGGCUGAUCGAACUCCUUCACGAGCGUGGACGCAGCAUCCCCGAGAGCCACGACAGUCCCUUCUGUCUCCGCAAACAGAACUCGGACGGAGGAAACACCAGCUUCCUCUCAGUGAGCCCCACGAAGGAGAUCAAGGUGGCGGUGGGAGUUCGUCGCAGCAGCAUGAGCAGCAGCUGUGGCAGCAGCGGUUAUUACAGCAGCAGCCCGACGCUCAGCAGCAGCCCGCCGGUCCUCUGCAACCCCAAAUCUGUUCUGAAACGACAAGUGAGUCCGGAGGAGCUGCAGACGCCAGGAGGACCUUUUAUAAAGAAGACAUUCACCAUCGUAGGUGAUGCUGUGGGCUGGGGCUUCGUGGUGCGAGGCAGCAAACCCUGUCACAUCCAGGCCGUGGACCCUGGUGGACCUGCAGCUGCUGCUGGCAUGAAGGUGUGCCAGUUCGUGGUGUCGGUGAACGGACUGAACGUCCUCUGUCAGGACUACCGGACCGUCAGCAGCCUGAUCCUGAACGGCCCGAGGACAAUCGUCAUGGAAGUGAUGGAGGAGGUAUAAGUUUGAUAAGAGCUGCUGGAGGAGACAGAAGCUCCUAAAACAGUAGUGCAGUAAUAAGGACUUCAAAGGUUUGGUGUUCCACCUCAAAACCACAUCAGCAGAGAAACACGGACGAUUUGAACUCUCUGGUCCGGCAUUGUUUGGAGGAGGCGGAUGACUAAGACACUGAGCGUUAGAGAAGGAGUCGAUUCAAACCUUCUGAGAAAACAUGCAGGUUGUUCUAGAUUUUUUUUUUUCUUUGAAUUUUAAGGCACAAAAGAGGGAAAGUGCACGAGCCGGCACUUCCACAGAUGGUGAUCCGACUGUUUCAGACUAAACUGAUGAGAACGACAUCACGAGGGGAGAAGAAAACCUGCACUCGUGUUUGAACUGAAUCAUGAACGGACGUCAGAGGAUGUGGAGUUUUAUCACUAGAACAAGAGAAACUGUACAAUUAUAAGGACGAGUGUUUCAUGGACACAUCCGGCGACGUCUCCUCCAGUCGGUGCGACACUGCCCUCUGCCGGGAAGAACAGGACGACACAGGGAGGCUUUCUUUACUUCAUAGGUUCUUUGGUUUCCAGGUGUUUCAGUGUUUGUUUACCCUGGUCGAGGAGAGAUUCUAGCCCUUAUCUGUGAAAACUCUAAAUAAGAACUAAAUUGAAGCUGAGGUAGAUUUAAGCGUAGCUGCUAGGAGUAUGUUAGCAAUGAAAAUGCAGUGAUAAAGUGAAUUAUUAGGCACAAUGUAUAUAAGAAGAACUUCUAGAGCCCUGCUGUGGAAAAACUCUGUUUAAUGGGUGACGUCUCAUUCGAAGAUCUUGUGAGCAAAUUAAAUCUAUAAAGUCUUUUUUUUUUUUAAGAGAAAACCUGAUAUACAAACUUUCUCAGUGACACAGGAUGUCGGUGUUUGUAAGAGUUUGUUUUAAAAAAAGGUCUUUUAUGCUCUCACUAGGAUUUUUUUCUCAGAAAGGCGACGUUUCUUACUUGCAAAAACACAAAAAUACAACAUAAGAUGUGUAAUGCUAUAAAAGUCCUACGCUAUAAUUGGAGAUGUGUUUUACCAAACAGCCUUAUUGAAGAAAACAUUUUAUUUAGGUAGCUAAAAGCAGAUUUUAUUGACCUUUUGCUUUUGAUUUCUUUUGUAUUCUUCAGUGUGAGAAGAUUAUUAAAGAGCAGAAUGACUAUAUGAGCACUUGAGCAGUUAAAUAAUUGUUCGUAAUUGACAAAAGCACUUGAGUUUUCUGGGAAUUAAAACAGAUCUGAACAUGUAGGUGUACAUACAUAUACUGUAUAUAUAUAAAACUUGUGAAUUACAAUCCGACUUCCCUAAUUAGAGACGAAUGAAGAAGAAGAAGCUCCUGCUUGCCCCCCAGCCUCCCUAUUUUUAAUGAUCUGUGUGAGAUAAUGUGUUAGAGAAUCGCAUGUGGAGUUAUUACACAUUCAGUAUAAUCACAGAAAGGGGAAAAUUGUGCAGUAAAGUCUGAACUCUGUGGGAGCGACGACUUUCCAGACAGAUAAAAUCAGCUCGAGGCGAUUGAAAAUGUCCAAAUGUCUUUUCUUUUUGUCUUUUUCUUUUGUUCUUUUUUAAAAUUUUUUUUUAUUCUUUAUUGGCAGCAUAUAACAGCUGCAGUGUCCAAAUAUUAAAUCAUUUAAUUCAAGAGAUCAGUUCUUUCAAAAUCACAAGAAAAACACAUUUGCUCCCAGACCUCUGGUGGUGUCCAGAGAUGGUUUUUAGUUUUAUUUGACCAAGUCUUUAUGGUCUCAGGGUCCAUCUUAUUGUAACGUAGGUGGAAAAAAAAGAAAAUCGUUUAAAAUGAAGCUAAUUUAUAAGGAGAAACACCACCUACUUCAUCCUUUUUUCACAUUUUUAGCCUUUCUAGCGCUGUGAGAACCUCAAACUAAAUUUUCUGGAUACAACUAGAGGUAAAUGAGAGAUAAUUUUAAUUUAAAAUUGCUUUGCUAUUUCAUUAAAAAUGACCCUUUAAAGAAAACCGCUGCUUAGAUUAACUCAAAGUUAACCAGAUAAGAGCAGUUUUAAGUGUAGACAGAUAACUGUAUGUUUAUAGACUGUCAUCAUGUGCUUAGACAUACUAGCAUGAACAGAUCAUAUUUGAAACUAUAUUUUAUUGGAAAAGAAGAGCAUGGAUAAGUGAUUCUCAUGUUACUCAUACAGUAUGUGUUUGUAAUCCUGAGUAACACUUGUUUGCUUGUUUGUUUUAGCUAAAACUUCACUGCCUGAUUUACUGGAUAUACAGCAAGUUUAGUCCUAAAGUGAAAUUAUUUCUGUAAAUUAAACACAGACGGAGUAAACUGAGCUUUUCUACUCCAAAUGAAAAUACAA